AUGGUCGAAUGGUUCGAUGAUACUUCGUCGUCUUCAUCCGACAAGGUUGCGCAAGAAAUCAUGGAUAUUGUCGAGAAUAAAAAAGUGGUUGCUCAAUAUUUCUCCCAAUCGAAGCUGACACGACGUGUUAUUAGUAACAGGUCGUACGUUUAUCGUGAUCAUGAGGCGGCCCAUCUACGUCUUAUGCAAGACUACUUCAACGACAUUCCGACGUACGCGCCAACAUUUUUCUGGCGGCAUUUUCGGAUGCACAAGCAGCUAUUCUUGUGCAUCGUCGAUGCUGUGCAAGGUGUUAAUGCCACUGGCGUUAGUGCGGAUAUUUUCGACAAGUAUCUCAAAAUUGUUGACACGACGGGGCGUCUAUGCCUAAAGAAAUUCUGCAAAGCUGUCAUCCGGGAAUACGGUGCCGAGUAUCUUCGACAUCCUACCUUCAGAUGCACGAGGCGCGACAUGGAUUUCCCGUGA